AUGGCGAAGGUGGCAUCUAUGUCCAAAUGGCUUCAAGUGAGAAGUGUGACGUACGCAAUGGCACAGCCCACCCAUCUGACCAUGGUCACAUUGGACUUUGCCGAGGAGGCCUGUCAGCAGUACGGAUUGCACAUUGUUACCGAGGACUGGGUUCAGAAGCACGGCCAUCAUAUACUGCCAAUGCGCUGGGCACUUCCGCUGUCUCUGGAGCCACACACUCCUUAUCACCUCGCACCGACACUGGUCAACGGAAAACGGCGUCACCGCACUGUUACAUUUGAAGAGGAUCAGAGUAGGCCAACAUUUGAAAGCUGCUCGGCCGGCGGCGAAGCGGCUAUCUUCUGUUUCAAUUACUGUGGUGGUGGUGAAAUUGAAGAGGACCUCGGUUGUGCCUGUGACCGAUCCGUGUACUACGACAUACAUUGUGAAAAACUACAGCGACUGCCACCGUCACGACGGCGCCAGGAGAAACACCCGACGAGCAGACAAACUCAACCAGUACAUCGCCUGGGUCUGGCAGCACCAUGCCCACAACCACCGCCACCAAGGUACACGAGACUACCGCAGAGAAUGCUAGCAACCACUGCUGCAGCUACCACUGCUGCAGCAACCACUGAGGCAGCAACCACUGAGGCAGCCACCUCGAAUUGGACAACCACUGCUGCAGCAACCACUGAGGCAUCAACCACUGCUGCAGCAACCACCAAGGCAGCAACCACAGAUGCAGCAACAACUGCUGCAGCAACCACUGGUGCAGCAACCUCUGCUGCAGCAACCACUGAGGCAGCAACCACUGCUGCAGCAACCACUGAGGCAGCCACCUCGAAUUCCACAACCACUGCUGCAGCAACCACUGCUGCAGCAACCACCAAGGCAGCAACCACCCAGGCAGCAACCACUGAGGCAUCAACCACUGGUGCAGCAACCACUGCUGCAGCAACCACUGCUGCAGCAACCACUGAGGCAGCAACCACUGAGGCAGCCACCUUGAAUUCGACAACCACUGCUGCAGCAACCACCAAGGCAGCAACCACAGAUGCAGCAACAACUGCUGCAGCAACCACUGGUGCAGCAACCUCUGCUGCAGCAACCACUGAGGCAGCAACCACUGAGGCAGCAACCACUGCUGCAGCAACCACUGAGGCAGCCAUCACUGAGGCAGCCACCUCGAAUUCGACAAUCACUGCUGCAGCAACCACUGCUGCAGCAACCACCAAGGCAGCAACCACCCAGGCAGCAACCACUGAGGCAUCAACCACUGGUGCAGCAACCACUGCUGCAGCAACCACUGAGGCAGCAACCACUGAGGCAGCCACCUUGAAUUCGACAACCACUGCUGCAGCAACCACUGCUGCAGCAACCACUGAGGCAUCAACCAAUGCUGCAGCAACCACUGAGGCAGCAACUACUGAGGCAGCAACUGAUCCAGCAACCACCGAAUCCGCGGCUACCACAACCACCAAAUCCAACACUACUUCCACCAAAACGCCAAUGGAUGCCACAACCACCGCAUCUGCAGCAGCCACAACCACAACGCCCAACACUACGUUAACAGAAACACCCAUCGGUAGUGUCACCGCUGCAUCCACCACUGCAACACCCACCAAAUCCAACACUACUUCAACUACCACAACCACUGCUGCAGCAACCACUGCUGCAGCAACCACUGAUGCAGCAACCACCGAGGCAGCAACUACUGCUGCAGCAACCACCCAGGCAGCAACUACUGCUGCAGCAACCACCGAGGCAGCAACUACUCCUGCAGCAACCACUGAGGCAACAACCACUUCUCCUGCAACCACUGAUGCAGCAACCACUGCUGCAGCAACCACCCAGGCAGCAACUACUGAUGCAGCAACUACUGAUGCAGAAACCACCAAUGCAGCAACCACUGCUGCAGCAACCACUGAUGCAGCAACCACUGAGACAGCAACAACUGAGACAGCAAACACUGAUGCAGCAACCACUGAUGCAGCAACCACUGGUGCAGCAACCACCAAGGCAGCAACUACUGAUGCAGCAACCACCAAUGCAGCAACCACCAAGGCAGCAACCACUGCUGCAGCAACCACUGAGGCAGCAACCACUGAUGCAGCAACCACUGAGGCAGCAACCACUGCUGCAGCAACCACCGAGGCAGUAACUACUGAUGCAGCAACCACGGAGGCAGCAACUACUACUGCAGCAACCACUGAGGCAGCAACUACUGCUGCAGCAACCACCCAGGCAGCAACUACUGCUGCAGCAACCACAGAGGCAGCAACUACUGCUGCAGCAACCACCGAGGCAGCAACUACUGCUGCAGCAACCACCGAGGCAGCAACUACUGCUGCAGCAACCACUGCUGCAGCAACCACUGAGGCAGCAACCACUGAUGCAGCAACUACUGAUGCAGCAACCACUUCUCCUGCAACCACUGAUGCAGCAACCACUGAUGCAGCAACCACUGCUGCAGCAACCACUGAGGCAGCAACCACUGAGGCAGCCACCUCGAAUUGGACAACCACUGCUGCAGCAACCACUGAGGCAUCAACCACGGCUGCAGCAACCACCAAGGCAGGAACCACAGAUGCAGCAACAACUGCUGCAGCAACCGCUGGUGCAGCAACCUCUGCUGCAGCAACCACUGAGGCAGCAACCACUGCUGCAGCAACCACUGCUGCAGCAACCACUGAGGCAGCCACCUCGAAUUCCACAACCACUGCUGCAGCAACCACUGCUGCAGCAACCACCAAGGCAGCAACCACCCAGGCAGCAACCACUGAGGCAUCAACCACUGGUGCAGCAACCACUGCUGCAGCAACCACUGCUGCAGCAACCACUGAGGCAGCAACCACUGAGGCAGCCACCUUGAAUUCGACAACCACUGCUGCAGCAACCACCAAGGCAGCAACCACAGAUGCAGCAACAACUGCUGCAGCAACCACUGGUGCAGCAACCUCUGCUGCAGCAACCACUGAGGCAGCAACCACUGAGGCAGCAACCACUGCUGCAGCAACCACUGAGGCAGCCAUCACUGAGGCAGCCACCUCGAAUUCGACAAUCACUGCUGCAGCAACCACUGCUGCAGCAACCACCAAGGCAGCAACCACCCAGGCAGCAACCACUGAGGCAUCAACCACUGGUGCAGCAACCACUGCUGCAGCAACCACUGAGGCAGCAACCACUGAGGCAGCCACCUUGAAUUCGACAACCACUGCUGCAGCAACCACUGCUGCAGCAACCACUGAGGCAUCAACCAAUGCUGCAGCAACCACUGAGGCAGCAACUACUGAGGCAGCAACUGACCCAGCAACCACCGAAUCCGCGGCUACCACAACCACCAAAUCCAACACUACUUCCACCAAAACGCCAAUGGAUGCCACAACCACCGCAUCUGCAGCAGCCACAACCACAACGCCCAACACUACGUUAACAGAAACACCCAUCGGUAGUGUCACCGCUGCAUCCACCACUGCAACACCCACCAAAUCCAACACUACUUCAACUACCACAACCACUGCUGCAGCAGCCACUGCUGCAGCAACCACUGAUGCAGCAACCACCGAGGCAGCAACUACUGCUGCAGCAACCACCCAGGCAGCAACUACUGCUGCAGCAACCACCGAGGCAGCAACUACUCCUGCAGCAACCACUGAGGCAACAACCACUUCUCCUGCAACCACUGAUGCAGCAACCACUGCUGCAGCAACCACUGCUGCAGCAACCACCCAGGCAGCAACUACUGAUGCAGCAACUACUGAUGCAGAAACCACCAAUGCAGCAACCACUGCUGCAGCAACCACUGAUGCAGCAACCACUGAGACAGCAACAACUGAGACAGCAAACACUGAUGCAGCAACCACUGAUGCAGCAACCACUGCUGCAGCAACCACCAAGGCAGCAACUACUGAUGCAGCAACCACCAAUGCAGCAACCACCAAGGCAGCAACCACUGCUGCAGCAACCACUGAGGCAGCAACCACUGAUGCAGCAACCACUGAGGCAGCAACCACUGCUGCAGCAACCACCGAGGCAGUAACUACUUAUGCAGCAACCACGGAGGCAGCAACUACUACUGCAGCAACCACUGAGGCAGCAACUACUGCUGCAGCAACCACCCAGGCAGCAACUACUGCUGCAGCAACCACAGAGGCAGCAACUACUGCUGCAGCAACCACCGAGGCAGCAACUACUGCUGCAGCAACCACCGAGGCAGCAACUACUGCUGCAGCAACCACUGCUGCAGCAACCACUGAGGCAGCAGCCACUGAUGCAGCAACUACUGAUGCAGCAACCACCAAUGCAGCAACCACUGCUGCAGCAACCACUGAUGCGCAACCACUGAUGCAGCAACCACUGAUGCAGCAACCACUGAUGCAGCAACCACUGACGCAGCAACAACUGAGACAGCAACCACUGCUGCAGCAACCACUGAGGCAACAACCACUUCUCCUGCAACAACUGAUGCAGCAACCACUGCUCCAGCAGCCAAGGAGGCAGCAACCACUGAUGCAGCAACCACCAAUGCAGCAACCACUGCUGCAGCAACCACUGAGGCAGCAACCACUGAGGCAGCAACCACUGAAGCAGCAACCACUGAGGCAGCAACCACUGCUGCAGCAAGCACUGCUGCAGCAACCACUGAUGCAGCAACCACUGAGGCAGCAACCACUGCACCCGAGGUUUUAUAAUACUGCAUGCCAUAAAGGAAACCAGUUGAGUGGCAAACUGGGAGAAAUGUGUACCGAGGUACUCUGA